UCUCCUCCUCCUGCUCCUCUUUCUCCUCCUCUGUCUUCUUCUCCUCCUGCUCCUCCUCCCUCAGACGGGCAGAGCGAAGCGGGGGAGAAACCGUACGCGUGUGACGUGUGCGAGUACAGGACGUGCUCCCGCUACAUGCUGAAGACUCACAUGCGAACGCACAUGGGAGAGAAUCCGUACGCGUGCGAUACGUGCGGGUAUCGGUGCUCUCGGCUCAGUGGCUUACAGGCGCACGCACGCACGCACACGGGAGAGAAACCGUACGCGUGCGAUGUAUGCGAGUACAGGUGUUCGCGGCCGGCGCAUCUCCAGAGACACGCGCGCACGCACACGGGAGAGAAACCGUACGCCUGUGAUGUAUGCGAGUACAGCAGUUCUCAGCUGGGGAAUCUCCAGACCCACGCGCGCACGCACACGGGAGAGAAACCUUACGCGUGCGACAUAUGCGGCUCCGCCUACACCACUUCCAGCGACCUCAAGAAGCACUUUCUCACGCACACGGGCCAGAAACCGUACGCGUGCGACGCGUGCGAGUACAGGACUUGCUCCCGCUGCAGCCUGAGGUCUCACAUGCGAACGCACACGGGAGAGAAACCGUACGCGUGCGAUGUAUGCGAGUACAGGUGUUCACAGCCGGCAAGUCUCAAGAGACACGCGCGCACGCACACGCGUGAGAAACCGUACGCUUGCGACAUAUGCGGCUCCGCCUGCACCACCUCCAGCGAUCUCAAGAGGCACGCGCGCACGCACACGGGGCAGAAACCGUACACGUGUGACAUCUGCUCUUUCAGGUUCGUAUCCUCGAGCGCGCUCUCGAAACACAAGCGCACGCAGUCGCAUCGAAGAAAAGCCGUGUACAAUCAAUCGUGAGGGAUGUGAUGGACGGGUCUGCGGGUUAAACAGCUAAUUCGUCAGACGUUAAACGUGUGGAUACGGACGCACUCUCUCCAGUAGACUCCGGUGACGUACACUCAGGCUUGUAUGGGAGAAGAAAUCCUGAAAGGCGAUGUCCAUGCAAUCAGAAGUGAUGUGACUGACAUUCCACUAAUUAAACAGUUAAUCAGCCAGUUCGUAGUUACGCACUGGAGCCCGAUUACGUCAUCGGGUCAUAGGUCAUUUGUACAUAGCUGA